GUACGGGACUCGUGCGCCUCCACAGCGCAAGCGGUCUGCGCAAGUGCUAGCGGGUGUGGAGUCGUUUGCAUUGCGCGGUUGCCCUACCACGCUUGCCGUUCCCUCGCGUGAAUUGAUUCCCGGGAACGAGCCCAAAGCAUCGCCAUGGGAGAGCAGGGCCCACUGUGCGUCAACGUGCACGCCACGAAUGCUACCACAGAGAACCUGAGUCGCCAUGACAUGCUGAACUGGGUGAAUGACUGCCUCCGCACUAGCUACACCAAAAUUGAGGAGCUCUGUUCAGGAGCUGCCUAUUGUCAGUUCAUGGAUAUGCUCUUCCCUGGUUGCGUGAGCUUGAAAAAAGUAAAGUUCAAGACAAAUCUUGAACAUGAGUACAUCCAGAACUUCAAGCUGCUUCAGGCAUCUUUCAAGAAAGUGGGCGUGGACAAGAACAUCCCUGUUGACAGAUUGAUCAAGGGCCGUUUUCAGGACAACUUCGAGUUUGUCCAGUGGUUCAAGAAGUUUUUCGAUGCCAACUAUGAUGGCCGCCCAUAUGAUCCCGUGGAGGCGAGAGGGAACUCGUCAGUCAUUGGCAGCGGCGGUACAUCUGGCAGCACCUCUCGUAUCGCGAACAACCACAAGGUUGCUGCUUCACGGCCAGUGCAUGCCACCAAGCCCAUGGCGCGCAACGCUCCGGUGUCGAAGCCCAUUGGAGCAGCAACGCGGAUAACUGGAAGCACAGGGGCCGGCGACUCUCACAGGCUCGAGGAGCUCACAAACCAGGUUGCGGAGCUGAAGACUACCGUAGAUGGCCUGGAAAAGGAGCGGGACUUCUACUACGGCAAGCUGCGUGACAUAGAAGUCCUGUGUCAAGAGUGCGAACAGAAGCAUGGAAAGUCUCAAGUUGUCGAUCAGAUCCUCGAGAUUCUCUACGCCACUGAGGAGGACCCUGAGGAAAACGAGUGUGACAACCAGUCACAUAGCGAGGGCUUCUCGGUUCCCGAGGACUACGUUGAAGAUGGCGGAACUGUAGCUGGAGGUGAAGAGGAAGAAUACUAAACUUGUUCUCAUCCGCUUUGGUUUCGGACCUUCUGCGAGACAGCUUAUUGUUUGGCUUUUGGUCUGACAAAGACGACGACCAAUCAGACGCUGCAGAAGAUAAGACUGUUAGAAGUGUGUUUGGUUGAAACCGUUUCCGUUCCAAAGCACCUCUCCUCCCUGUGCCUUCAGUUUUUGUCCCUAUGUCAAGUGAUGCUUUGAGUCUUUUUUUUUUUUUUUUCGGUACUGUUGCUGCGGAAUGGAGGGGGGUACCACACUAACUGUACAAGCAGGAUUUACCCGAGGCAUUGAAGUGCCGCUAGCCAAAGCAAUACGUUGUUGACUUGUGGCUUUUGGAACCUUUUUUUUUUGUUCCCAAGGGUAGGCACUUUUUCUCUUUUAACGAAAUUUUUAGCUCUUUUUGUGGCCUUUCCUGUGACAUUGCUUAUUUUUCCCUUCUUCGUCGAGAUUGUUUUAUGAUCUCAUGUGCUGCGCAGCCCACAUGAUUUGCAAACGUGUAAAUGUUGUGAGGUUUGGAGGAGGUGUUUUUUUAUGUGCACUCUUCUCCCUUUUAACGAUGUCUUCAUGUUGCGUUUAAUCCAAUAUUUAUAGCCAUGGCUGGUUUGAAUGGCGAGAGUGGCUACAUUGUUUUUUGGUCCCCUCUUCAGUUUUAUUUUGAAAGACACGAAUGUUACGUGGAGGAUGGAGAGUAUGUGAAGCGGUGGGCGUUUCUCCUUGGCUGCUCUGUGUCUGUCGGUGUUCCCAGAUAACCAGAGUUUAGGUCAUCCAGUCUCUCCUUACCCUUUGACCUCGCUGUUAUAAGAAUGCAGUAGUUUCCCACUGAAUGCUAAGACUACUACUGAGCAACUGCGCUAAUACUGAACAAUAUCAUCGCCAAUGCAGCCUGUGCGCGUUUCCGUGGGGCCAGAGAUGGUAAAAUAGUGCGUACAAGACCUUAGUACAUGGCUUUGCUAGAUUGUCCUGCUGCUUUGCGAGGGCACAUUCAUUCCCUGCCGUAACGUCCAAAAUAGACUGAGAAGUGCUUGGUAGGUUAGUGUGGCAGCUGAUUGUUAGAUGCACCUUGGAGAAGAUCAAAUGCAUUUUCGAGAGCCUGGAAUUGCCAAAUCGCAUGCCAAGAAAGGCCUUGUACAGGCAUCUGGGGUUUACAUGGUCCAAAUGGCUCGCACGAGUUCAGUAUUAGCGGAGCAGCUUGUGCCCUUACCAUUCUUGCGGUUGGUUUCAAAGUUUUAUGGUUCUCUGUUAAAACCCGGAUGCACCUUGUAAAUACGGACUUGUAGGCCUGUUGGUGUUUCAUCACUGUGCACCUGUUCAGAAAAUUAUACGCAGUGAAGGGCUCUUCUUUCUGUGUUGUUUUACAGCAGUUUCCUACACCUUUGGCUAUUUUUAGACUAAUGCAAAGCUGAUGACACUGCUGUACACUGACAUGCGUUUUUUGCUGUCUUUACACUAACGGCAAAGUUAUGCAAUGCGAAGUGAGCCUCACCAGUGUAAAAUGACAUUGGCAUUAAUUUACGGUGCAGAGUUGUCAAUAAAACGAGUUCGACCCCUCAUUUGGUUCUUAGUUUUUUGUUGGCGUAGCUUGUUUACCUUGUCAGCAUGGCCAGCUAGCUCUGCUCGGUGACAAAUUUGCCAUGUUACAAACUUUCUCUGCGGAUAAAUAAUGUUGCAAUGCUAUUCUUUAAUGUA